CAGAGGCGUGGAAUGGGAGCCCCUCCCAGGAAUAGAAGGUGAUCGGGGAGUGAUGUGGAGGUAUGCAGUAGUCCCGGUUGAGUUGGGCAGAUCGCUGGAAGUGUAUGGCUGUGUACUAUGUACAGCUUUUCUGAAGCUAUAGCCAUGAAGUUCUCAAAGCUGCCCUGUCUCCUGCUGAUUGCACUUUGUGUGACGCUCUUCCUCAGCUAUGUCACGUGGAGUCCUCACUCCAAUGUGGAAUCCGUGAGUACAGCCCCUAAGUUUCCACACGAAGAAGGAAGUGGCAGAAGAAAAACCUCACAGGAUGUAUUUUAUGGAAUAAUGUUUGAUGCUGGAAGUACCGGAACACGCAUACAUGUAUAUAAAUUCAGCCAAACAUCCUCUGGUGUGCCCAUUCUGGAUCAUGAGACAUUUAAAGCUAUAAAGCCAGGAUUGUCUGCAUAUGCUGAUGAGCCAGAAAAAUGCGCUGUAGGAAUAAAGGAGCUGUUGGAUAUUGCAGUGUCAGAAAUACCAAAUGACCUCAGGAGAACCACAUCACUUGUCUUGAAAGCCACAGCGGGGUUACGUCUCUUACCAGGGGAGAAGGCACAGAAGCUGCUGGAUACGGUAAGAGAUAUCUUUAGUUCAUCUCCUUUCCUCGUUGGAAAAGACAGUGUUUCAAUCAUGAAUGGCACCGAUGAAGGCAUUUUCGCUUGGAUUACAGUAAACUUUUUAACAGGGAGUUUAACAAAUCCAUCUGCUAAACUAGCUGGAAUGCUGGAUCUUGGUGGCGGAUCAACACAAAUCACCUUCUAUCCAUAUGAUAAGAUGACUUUCCCUAAUGCACCACCAGGAUUUAUCACCAACUUUCAGCUGUUUAACCGCACAUAUCACCUCUAUUCACACAGCUACUUGGGACUUGGCUUGAUGUCGGCCAGACUGGAAAUCAUGGGAGGAAAAGAAGGCAUACCCUUGCAGUCUGGAGAAGAGCUGGUGACUCCCUGUGUGACACCUGGCUAUAUGACAGAAUUUGAACAUGCUGGAAUCGCUUAUAAAGUGGAAGGAGAGAAGGGUGUAACUUCUGUAUAUGAAUCAUGCUAUAGAAGAGUAGGAGAAAUGCUUAAGGGCAAAGUGAAUCGUGCUACGGAAGUGGCUGUUCUCUUCUUUUAUUCCUUUUCAUAUUAUUUUGAUCGUGCUGAAGAUACACAUUUGAUAGAUCCGGAGAUUGGCGGCUUUGUAAAGGUUAAAGAUUUUGAACUGGCAGCUCAAAAAGAGUGUACAAAUAUAGAAAAAUCAGGGAACCGUCCAUUUAUCUGUAUGGAUUUGUGCUACAUUACUCAUCUUCUACAAGAUUUGGGAUUUCCUAAAGAAAAACGGCUAAAGCUUGUUAAGAAAAUAAAUGAUGUAGAAACCAGCUGGGCCCUGGGAGCAACUUUUUACUACAUGAAUCGGAUGCAGGGUAAUGCAUAGAAUCAUACGGCAGAGACUGAAGAGGACUUUCUGGCAAAAACUUGACUUCUGUUCUCUGAUGUGGAUAUCAGAGAUUUUAGCCAUAAUUUAUUUCACAUUCAAGUGGUGGUUGCUUCUAAUGUCUUAAUUUCUUUGAUGUUUAUUUAAGAUGAAAUUCCACCUAUAACACUUUUAUAUUUAUGGUGCAGAUACCUUGUUCCUGUAAUCAGUCUUUAUGGGUUUGAUUGACACUGGUGAGAUAUCUCUUCCUCUAUCUGAAAUGCAUGCACUCUAUGUAUUUCAAUUGAAUUACCGCCGGGUGGGAUCUUAACUCUGGUGUCAGCAUCCUAAUAGAAUUUCAUUCCUUUUAGACAUGGAAAAUCUAGGAGGAACCAGUUCAGCUCACAGCCAUGGCCCAGCUGUCAGGAUGGGGGG